AUGUCGGGCGACGCGCACGCGGAGAUCCUCCUGCAGGACCUCGCCCAGCGGCUGCGGGAGCUCGUGCAGGACGCGCAACGGUUUCAGCGGCGCAGCAAGUCUCCGUACCUGACGGUGGCGAACGUGGAGCAGGCGAUGCGGAUGCGCGGCGUGGAGCCGGUGUACGGGGUGAGGGGGGAGCGGCGCGCGAAGUUCAAGCGCGCGGUGGGGAAGGACGGGGAGAGCAGGGACGUGAUGCUGCGAGAGGACCCUGUGGUGCCGGUGGCGGAGAUACGCGAGGCGGGGCUGCCGCAGCGGGUGCCCGUGGACGCGAACUUCACGAUGCACUGGCUCGCGGUCGAGGGGAUACAGCCGGCGAUCCCGGAAAACGUGCCGCUCGCGACCAAGGAGCAGACUGCGGGAGCGGGCGCUGCCGCGCGGGACCAGGCGGCCAAGCGGACCAAGGUCCGGGAGCGGAUAGACCACCUCGGGCCCGUGCGUGCGAAGGCGACGGGCGCGGCAGGGAGCCUGCCGUUCGAGCACAGUCUGUCGGCGGAGCUGCAGGUGUACUACGACCGCGUCAUGUCCCUGAUCGGGCAGUUCAGGGGGGGGUCCAAUGCGACAACCGGGCUGACGAGCGAGAUCGAGACGCGGGACAAGCUCCUCUCGGCCGUGUGCGAGAGCCUCACCGUCGACCCCGGCCUCCAGCAGCUCCUCCCGCACCUCCUCGCGCGCCUCGCCGCGGAGACGAAGGAGUCGGACGGCUCCGACACCCACCUCAGCGCCAUUCUCUCUGUCAUGGGCGCGCUGUGCCGCAACGCCACGCUCGACCUCGAACUCUACGUCGACCGCCCGCUCCAGUGCGCCAUGAUCAUCCUCCUCGGCCCCCACGGGCCCAGCGAGGCCGACCGCCCCGCGUCGUGGCGCGUGCGCGACCGCGCCGCGCGCGUCAUCGCGGACCUGAUCCGCCUCCCGCUCGCGACGCCGUACGACAUGGAGGGGCGCGUCGCGGGCGUGGCGCUGCGCGCCGCGUGCGCGGAGCACGCCCCCGCGCGCGCGGUGUACGGCGCCGUGGCGCUGCUGGGCGCGCUCGGCGACCGCGCCGUGCUGCAGGCAGUGCGCGCGUCGCCGAUCGUGGCGGUCGUCGAGGCGCAGGCGCAGGCGGUGGCGGGGGCGGAGCGCGGGGAGCGGCGGGCGGCGGGGGAUGUUGAAGGUGAGGAGGGGGGGGGUCAGGACGGGGACGUCGAGAUGGGGGACGACGCGGCGGACAGGAAGGCGGAGAAGGCGCGGAGGUAUCGGCAGCAGGUGGCGAGCAUGCACUGCAGUGGGGCGCUGCGGGUGGCGAUGGGGGCGUGUCUGCAGCGCCUGGUGGCGCGCGCGAUGUGGGCCCCGGAGGUGACGGUGCGCGAGGACGCGCGGCGGCAACUGGGCGCGGACGCGGCGUGGAUGUCCGGCCUGGACGUCGCGUACCCGACGCGCCAGCUUGUAGAUACGACGCUGUGA